GAUAAAUGCAGCUCAGGAUGAGCUCAAAACAUUUAAUGUAGGUGUGGCGCGAUUGUCUCCGCCUCUUAUGCGUUACUUUCUCACCCUAAAAAUGUAUAUGUAAAUUUCAUGUUCAGUACAGAACCGGUGUUCAGUUCCCGGUUUUUACUCAGUUGGAUUUAAUGGCUGCUGAGCAAGAAACGGAUCAUUCCAACCCACCUGUGGACUUGGUGAAAACACCUUUCAUAAACGUGUGCCACACGUCCGGGUUAAAGUUAACCCAAAUCAACGACAAGACAACAACAUUAUGGCCAAGGCCACUGGCUCAGAUAUGGACCCUGAUGCUGCUGUUGGUCACAUGUUUUCUCUACUGGUCACGGAUGGCCAUGCCAAUCUGUGCCGUCACCAUGGCAAAAGAAUUUGGAUGGAGCAAGACUGAGACUGGCAUGGUGCUGGGUGCUUAUUUCUGGGGUUACUGUUUUACUCAGGUCCUUGGUGGCCAUGCCAGUGAUAGGAUAGGAGGAGAGAGAGUACUGCUGCUGUCCACCCCCUCCUGGGCCGUGAUGACAGCUAUCACACCGCUUCUGGCCAACAUUGGUCUCCGACCUCUUGUUACCAUGACAGUGACCAGGUUUUUACUGGGUGCAAUGCAAGGGGUUCACUACCCUUCUCUCGUCAGUGUCUGUGCUCAGCGUGUGACGGAGGGAGAGAGAGGUUUUUCAAUGAGCACUCUGGCAUGUGGGUGCUACCUAGGGAUGACACUGGUUGGAGGUGUGGGUUCCCUGAUGCUGGACUGGUUUGGAUGGGAAAGUGUGUUUUAUGGAGCUGGUUUCCUUGCUAUUUGCUGGACCUUUUGUGUAUGGAAAUGUCUUCACCAAGGUCCAGUUUUCUCCCUUGACUCACUGCAGAUCAGCAACAAUUGCGUGCCUGAAUCCAUUAGAAUCAACUGGCUGUAUCUCCUCAAAGAGCCUAGUGUCUGGGCCAUGAUCAUUUCUCAUCUAUGCUUUAGUAGCACCUAUUACAACCUCAUGUCAUGGCUACCAACAUUUUUCAAAGAAAAGUUUCCUCAUGCCAAGGAUUGGGUGUUUAAUGUGAUUCCUUGGUUUGUGGCGCUGCCCACUUCACUGUUUGGAGGCUCUAUCUCUGAUCAUCUCAUUAGGCAAGGCUGUGGGACAGCAACUGUAAGAAAACUGAUGCAGUUCUGUGCUAUGGGAGCAGCCAGUGUGUUCAUCAUCCUUCUCUGUAAGACGAGCAGUUUUGUCCAGUCUGUUGCUUGUGUGUCUGUGGCUGUUGGGCUGUCCACCUUUAAUAAUAGUGGGGUGUCCAUGAAUGUGCAUGACGUGGCACCAUCAUGUGCAGGAGCCCUGUUUGGGGUUAUGAACACAUGUGCUGCUUUUACUGGUUUGCUGAUGGUGUACAUGUCUGGCUACAUCAUUGAGAUCACGGGAUCCUGGGAAACUGUGUUCUCCAUCCUGGCUGUGGUGAACAUCAUUGGUGUCACCGUAUUCAUUGUGCUGGGUGAUGCAAAGCGAGUUGAUCAGCCUCAGAUCAUUUGAACAUCAUGUUGAAAACAAAUUCUACCUCUCCAAGGCAUAUUGGGGUUUCCUUAUUUGUCAUUUGUAACAAAUGGAUUGGAAACUCUUCAACACUCUAAAACACUGUACAAUAACUUUGUCAUUAUUUAUUUUUUUAAAUGUAUAUUAAAUAUUUGGCAGAGAUGGAAUUGGAAAUGAUACAGUGAAACAAUGUUUUAUAUAACAAAUAUUUAUCUGAAUUGUAACUUUAAUAAAUAUAAGAAAUAUAAGAGAAA